GUAAGAACUUCAAACUUCAAAUCUUCAAUUCAAAGUUAGCACUUCAAAUUGUAUCAUCAGUUUUUUAAUAUAUUUAUAUUAAAUUUAUUCAGAAGGAAUACAAAACUGUUUUAUUAUAAAAAAUGGACGACUUCGAACUUGAUCUUGCUCACCUGACUCAAUUACGGCGAGAAUGCAUUGAUAACUUGUAUUUGAGUGCCGAAAAUGUAAAAAAGUAUUUAGACAAUGACAAAGAUGAUCAAAUAAAUGUAUUAAAAACUUGUCUACAAGACUACAUUGUAUCAGAAGCAAUACAAGAGAAUGACACUGAAGCCUUGAAUAGCGUUACAGAAGUCAUUGAUUCAUCAAAUAUAGAUGAACUUGAAAAUGAGUUUUCACAAUUGAGUAGAAAUAUAAGAGUUAAUGUGGACAGAGACCCACGAAUGUGUGAAUUUAGGAAAAAAACUCAUUUAAAUGGCAAGGCAGUUGCACAAAAUCUAAAUGAAUCAGAUAUAGCGAUAACAGGAGCAGAUGACAGAUGUGUAGAUCCUAUAACUAUGAGGCCCAUUCAGGAUCCAAUAAGGAAUACAAGAUGCGGUCACAUCUAUGAACGCCAAGCCAUCCUCCAACACAUAAACCGUAAGGAUAGGGCCAGGUGUCCAGUUGCUGGAUGCAGGGAUCAAGAGCCAUUACAAGAAGAAAAUCUUGUAUCAAAUGCAGAAUAUAUGCCACAGAUUUUUGAGGACGAGUCAAAUAUAGAAUUAAGUCAGGAAUACUAGA